UGCGCACGCUAAAAGCUGGAGAUUAGCUACAAUAUUAUAAACUGGAGUCAACAAUUUGUUCCUCGUAAAUUGCAGGUCAGAAAUGCUUCUUAAACGGUUGCCGAAGAAAACUUUGGCGGCUGAUAUGUGUCCUGUCGCAUUUUUGCUCCUGCAGGCGAAAUCAUAAUAAUCACUUUGUCUUGCAGAGCGCCGGACGAAAACACGAAUCUGCUUGCGCCCCGCGGAACAAAAAUACGACAUAGCACAUAUCAGCCACCAUAAGACCCCAUACCCCAACAGAAAAACAAACUAACAAAUUAAUAACUCAUGCGUGUAUCCCACCCUCCUCUACGGUAAAAUAAAUAUUUUGACAAUCCCAUUUUAAAUUAUAUGAUCACAAAAUAUCCACACCUUUUUAACAUUUGGAUAUACAAACGGACAUGUUGUAAUUUGAUACCAUCAAGUUAAAUUUGUUUACCGAUAUUAUGUCAGGUGUAAAUGAAGUUUGAAAGAAUGAGGAAGAUAUAAUCUUUACGUCUACACCUAUACAGACUUAUAAACUAAAUAAACACGCUUAAAUUCAGGAGUUUUACUGACAGGCUCUCUUAUUUUAUUAAAAGUCAAGUUCAAACAAUGCCAGAUUGUAAACCACUCAGUUCACACAGGCAAAAUCCACCUGUGUUUACAAAAACAAAUAUGUUUGAAAUCAUACCAGACAAGCACGAACUUGGUACGGGAUCAGAGGUGACAGUAAAAUGUGCUCCAAAUCUUAAAUUACAAGGCGAAUCUUCUUUGAAAUGCUUAGCUAAUGGAGAAUGGAAUUAUACAAGUAUACCGGUUUGCAAAGAAAUAAAUACAAAUGCUGACAUCUCAUGGACCAAUACUCCAUGGAAAGUAGUUCUUAUCUCUGUUAUAUGGGGAGUUGCAGCCUUGGUUGUACUUGCAUUAGUCAUUAAAAGUGUUGCCAUUUGUAUUCGGAAAAGGAGAGAAAAUAAAAACAAACAAAGGCAUUACACAUAUGGAGGGUCAUAUAAACGUCAUGGAGAUAGACAUGUACACAAACAUCACGAAGAUAACGAUAGGCAUCACACCAAUCAUACUGGCCAGAAUGGUCAUCAUCAAUAUAACCAGAGUGAUCAUCAUGAUGGAUUUCAUAGUCAUCAUGAGAAACAUGGAGGACAUAACCAUCUGAAUAAGAGUCAUGAUAAAAUUCAUCACCACAGUCACGAUCACGGACAUGAUCACAGUCAUGAUCACAGUCAUGAUCAAGGAAAUGAUCACGGUCACGGUCAUGAUCACGGUCAUGGUCGUGAUCACAGUCAUUGUCACGGACAUGAUCACGGUCACAGUCAUGGUCACAGCCAUGGUCACGGACAUGAUAAUGAUCAUGGUCACGGUAUUCAUAAGAAAACUCAUCAUAAAGGAAGUCAUGGCCAUGAGGACCACAAAGAUAAACAUGUUCACCAUAGAAGUAUAUACGAUCAAGCGUCUGGCCAGAGUGAAGCACUUUCAGCGUAUGAUGUACCCAUGAAAGAUUUGAGAUAAUACCAUAUAUAAUUGUAUAUAUGACUAUAUCAAUUUGAGUACUUCACCGUUUUUGUAACAUUUUCUGUGAAGCAUUUUUGCAAACAGGGUCAACAUCUAUCAGGUCAUAUUUUUGAUAUAUAUUAACAAUUUGUUUGAU